CCGGCGGGGGCGGGCUGCCAGUCCAGUCGGGCGGGUGCACUGGGCACGCGGGGCCGGGGCCGGGGCCGGGGCCGGGCGGGAGCGCCCGGCGGGCGCCAUGGAGGGGCUUCGGCGGGGCCUGUCGCGCUGGAAGCGCUACCACAUCAAAGUGCACCUGGCGGACGAGGCGCUGCUGCUGCCGCUCACCGUGCGGCCGCGCGACACGCUCAGCGACCUGCGCGCCCAGCUGGUGGGCCAGGGCGUGAGCUCCUGGAAGCGCACCUUCUACUACAACGCGCGGCCGCUGGACGACCACCAGACGGUGCGCGACGUGCGCCUGCAGGACGGCUCGGUGCUGCUGCUCGUCAGCGACCCCAGUACACCUGCCAACCCAUAUUCCCAUCCUGACACUGGCUGCCUGCACUCUGCCCUGGCCAUCUGGAGUCCUGGCCAGGGUGACCCACAGGGGUCUGCAGAGAAGGGCUUCUGGGCCGCGGGGAGAGCACACACGGAGGCCUGGGGCUGUGCUCAAGGUAGCCCGGGUUGGAGGAGGUGGAGCCAUGACCGAGGGGCCGAAGAUGCUGGCUGAAGGAGCAGGCUGGGUGGGGGACACUUCGGGAGGUUCUGGGCUCCGAGGGUGGACAGGGCAACACUGCCCUGACCAGCUGAUGCCCACUGCUGGGGACACUCCUGAUGGAGCUCCACUCCCUGACUCUGAACUAGGACAUUGUCACCCCAGCUCAGCCAAUCAGCUCAGCCCAUCAGC